UCCUCCUCAGGUGAGGCAGCCUGGCCUAGCAGGUCCCACGCCACCGCCUCUGCCUCCGGGCCGUCCGCUGCUGCGGGGCCACCAUGCUCCUGCCCAGGCCUGGAGACUGACCCGACCCCCGCAACACCUCGAGGCUCCGCCCCCACCUGCCGGACCCCAGGCCCAACCUGUGUCCGUGAUCACGGUGUGCUCUGGCCAAGGCCCAGUCCCUACAGCCUGCCUGGAUGGACGCCUGGGACUGGGGGCGCCAGGACUGGGCUGGGCUGGGCUCCCCCAGGCCCUGCCUCCCCGUCCAUCUCCUCACAGGUCCCACCCUGGCCCAGGAGGUCAGCCAGGGAAUCGUUAACAAGAGGCGGUGACAUGGCGCAGAAGGAGGGUGGCCGGACUGUGCCGUGCUGCUCCGGACCCAAGGUGGCAGCUCUCACUGCGGGAACCCUGCUGCUUCUGACGGCCAUCGGGGCGGCGUCCUGGGCCAUCGUGGUCGUUCUCCUCAGGAGUGACCAGGAGCCGCUGUACCCAGUGCAGGUCAGCCCGGCGGACGCUCGGCUCACGGUCUUUGACAAGACAGAAGGGACGUGGCGGCUGCUGUGCUCCUCACGCUCCAACGCCAGGGUGGCCGGGCUCAGCUGCGAGGAGAUGGGCUUCCUCAGGGCACUGGCCCACUCCGAGCUGGAUGUGCGAACGGCGGGCGCCAACGGCACCUCGGGCUUCUUCUGCGUGGACGAGGGGAGGCUGCCCCACACCCAGAGGCUGCUGGAGGUCAUCUCCGUGUGUGACUGUCCCAGGGGCCGUUUCUUGACCACCAUCUGCCAAGACUGUGGCCGCAGGAAGCUGCCGGUGGACCGCAUCGUGGGAGGCCAGGACACCAGCCUGGGCCGGUGGCCGUGGCAAGUCAGUCUUCGCUAUGAUGGAGCACACCUCUGUGGGGGGUCCCUGCUCUCCGGGGACUGGGUGCUGACAGCUGCCCACUGCUUCCCAGAGCGGAAUCGGGUCCUGUCCCGAUGGCGAGUGUUUGCCGGUGCUGUGGCCCAGGCCUCUCCCCAUGGCCUGCAGCUGGGGGUGCAGGCUGUGAUCUACCACGGGGGCUAUCUUCCCUUUCGGGACCCCAACAGCGAAGAGAACAGCAACGACAUUGCCCUGGUCCACCUCUCCAGUCCCCUGCCCCUCACGGAAUACAUCCAGCCUGUGUGCCUCCCAGCUGCUGGUCAGGCCCUGGUGGAUGGCAAGAUCUGCACUGUGACGGGCUGGGGCAACACACAGUACUACGGCCAACAGGCCGGGGUACUCCAGGAGGCUCGAGUCCCCAUCAUCAGCAAUGAUGUCUGCAACGGGGCUGACUUCUACGGAAACCAGAUCAAGCCCAAGAUGUUCUGUGCUGGCUACCCGGAGGGUGGCAUUGAUGCCUGCCAGGGCGACAGUGGUGGUCCCUUUGUGUGUGAGGACAGCAUCUCUCGGACACCACGUUGGCGGCUGUGUGGCAUCGUGAGCUGGGGCACUGGCUGCGCCCUGGCCCAGAAGCCAGGCGUCUAUACCAAAGUCAGUGACUUCCGGGAGUGGAUCUUCCAGGCCAUAAAGCUUCUGGGGAGGAAACACCCUUUUCUAGAGCCUCUGCAGAGCCUCGCCCCAGUGGCCACCAGGGGGCACUGCUGCCUCAACAUUGCGAGACAACAGAUUUCCUGCCUGGAAUCGGCCACGUGCUGCUGAAAACCUGCUGUUCCAGUGAAGAAAGGCCCACCUGGGGCCUGUUUUAUCAGCCAGGUCUUUAUCACCUGUAUCUUAUGCCGACCUCCAGUCUCAUCCUCUGACUUAGAAAGCCUUAACUUACUGGGAAUGCGGCCCAGCUGGUCUCAGUCUUAUUUUACCCAAGCCCUAUUCAAGGUGGAGUUGCUCUGGUUGAAACACCUCUGACAGCCAUUCUGAGUUCCAUCUGCAUCAUUGCUUUCUUGGAGGAGUGGAGGGGCUGGGGAGAUUGUGAUACAUUCUGUAAGGCCUUUUACGCUGACUGACAGCGCCAAGGACAUCAUGGUAACCCCUGUGACCUGCACAGACACUCCAGGUGAGUUCCUGGAAAAUCUGAAGUAACUGGAAGACCACAGAAAGGGGAAGAAUGAUCAACUCCAGCAGCGCCUAAUUAACUUGACAUGUUCUUCUGUUUUUCCUUAUUCCCACCUCAAUUGAUAAGGGAAUUGGACUUUGUAAGCGACCUCCUGACUCCAGACCCUACAACCUGCUUCUAGCUUGCAAAAACCACCCUAAACUA